AUGCAUAGAUACACGGAUAUUGCUGUCAAUGAUGGUUUCUCGUUGAGCGGGGGCUGGAAGGUCAGAAAGCAGCCGCCUCCAACACAGAGUCGAAGGCGGCGUGCACACGCAGGUAGGAUCGGGCUGCGAGGCAGUCUAGAACAAAGCGAGGGCUCCGCCGAGACCGUCACGUACAUCUCUAGUCGGACCGCGCGGCGGAGCCCAAGGGGGACGUUGUGUACAUACAACAAGGGGAAGCGAAUCAUCGUGCUGCGGGACGGAGCGUGGUAUGGAUGGGAUGGGAUGGGAUGGGAUGGGAUGGGAUGA